CAAAAUAAUUGACAUUUGUUUUUGUGAUUUGACAGCAUGGCUUCCACGGCAGUAGAUUCCGAAAUUACAAAAAGUGAUAAAUAUUCAAUAUUAUUGCCCACUUACAACGAAAGAGAGAAUUUGCCUAUCAUAAUAUGGCUUAUAGUUAAAUAUCUGGACCCUAGUGGUUACGACUAUGAAGUGAUUGUAAUCGACGAUGGAAGCCCCGACGGUACUUUGGAAGUUGCAAAACAACUGCAGAAGUUGUAUGGAUCGAGUAAAAUUGUUUUGCGGCCUAGGGAGAAGAAACUAGGUUUAGGUACUGCGUACAUGCACGGUAUUAAACAUGCUACGGGAAAUUUCAUCAUCAUUAUGGACGCUGAUUUAAGCCACCACCCCAAAUUCAUUCCAAGCUUCAUAGAGCUCCAGAAGAAGCAUGAUUUUGACUUAGUGUCAGGCACUCGGUAUAAGGAUGGUGGUGGUGUUUAUGGAUGGGAUUUCAAGAGGAAGCUGAUAUCUAGGGGUGCCAACUUCAUCACACAACUUCUGCUAAGGCCCAAUACUUCGGACUUGACUGGGUCCUUUAGACUUUACAAAAAGGAUAUACUGCAAAAACUAAUAGACAGCUGUGUAUCAAAAGGCUAUGUUUUUCAAAUGGAAAUGAUAAUAAGAGCGAGGCAACUAGAAUACACAAUAGGAGAAGUACCAAUAACUUUUGUUGAUCGCGUUUAUGGAGAAUCAAAACUUGGUGGAUCGGAGAUCUUUCAAUUUGCCAAAGCAUUAUUAUACUUAUUUGCUACCACAUAAGUCAGAUUUUAUGUUGAAAUGUAUUAUUAAUUUAACCUUGUAACUAUAAAAGCAAAGUGGUUGUAUCUGCAAAAAAUAUAUAGUGGAGUUUUAAUUAAGCAAUAAAAUAUGUUCAAAAAACUUUUUUGUUAAACAAAUCAAACAAUAAUAAUAUUAUAAUGUGACGUCAUUGAAAAUUCAAUAUGGCGGAUUCUCGAACCAUAUAGGCUAAUAAGAGCUUUUUUAGGUAUUUCUCUUAACAGGGAAGUUAAAGGGAAUAAAUAGAACAAAAAUAUUUUAAUAUUCAUAUUUGUUGAUCGACAAUAAUGGAAAAUGUGCUGAAAAUCGCGAGUUACAGCUAUGUAGUCUAAGAAAUAAAAAUGUAAAAGUAAUAAGUAUAAAUUAUGUGUAUAAAGCUUAAAUGAAAUAUUUUCUGUAAAUUGGUUAAAUAAAAGUUAAGUGCAAAU